AUGGUGCAAUAUGGCCUCAUCGGAGACUCGAGCCUGUACUGCAAGAACGGCAAGAAGGUGAGGCGGAUUGGGUCCCAACUGCAACAACAGUUGGGAACCAAGAACCUUUGGUAUCACGCCGUCCCCAACGCCGGCGUACAAGAGAUCCUCCAGAUGCUGAAGGUCAAAGCUGCCUGGCAAGAGCUGAUGGAGUUGGUGGAGGACAAGGCUGAGAGGGUGGUGUUCGUGGUGGGGGGCAGCUCCAGGAAGUACGCCGCGCACUGGGAGCUCACCUCCCAGUACGACAAGAAUCUAGCCCAAGUGAGGAGCUGGAUUCGGCAGCGUCAUGUCGUGCACGACCUGGAUCGACAGCUGUGGGGAUGGCCGCUUUGCCCAGACGGGAUGCACUGGGAUGCUGAAGUGGAGGAGGAACUCUGUGACACCUGGACGGAGCUCCUCAACCCGCC